GCUAGCCAGCUGCUGCUAGCAAAUGAACGAGGCUGUGUAGCAUGAUUACCCGCCUAGGAUCCGUCUUGCAAGCUAACUCGAUAAUGUAUAUUCAAGGAGGUGGAGGUGACAUGCAGUGGUGUUUCUCUCAAGUGAAAGGAGCCAUUGACGACGAUGUGGCUGAAGCCGACAUCAUCUCCACGGUUGAAUUUAACCACACAGGCGAGCUGCUGGCUACGGGUGACAAGGGUGGGCGUGUGGUCAUAUUCCAACAGGAAAUAGAGAAUAAGAGCCUGCCUCAGUUCCGCAGCGAGUACAACGUUUAUAGCACUUUCCAGAGUCACGAGCCUGAGUUUGACUACUUGAAGAGUUUGGAGAUAGAAGAGAAGAUCAAUAAGAUCCGUUGGCUCCCUCAAAAGAAUGCUGCUCAAUUCCUGUUGUCCACCAAUGAUAAAACUAUAAAACUGUGGAAAAUCAGUGAACGAGACAGGAGACCAGAGGGCUAUAAUCUGAAAGAGGAAGACGGACGCUACAAGGAUCCUAAUUCUAUCACCUCACUACGGGUGCCAGUUCUGAUACCGAUGGACCUCAUGGUGGAAGCCAGCCCACGCAGGGUGUUUGCAAAUGCUCACACGUACCACAUCAACUCAAUUUCAGUCAACAGUGACAACGAGACGUACUUAUCUGCAGACGACCUCCGCAUUAACCUCUGGCACCUUGAGAUCACAGACCGCAGCUUCAAUAUUGUUGACAUUAAACCAGCCAACAUGGAGGAGCUCACAGAGGUGAUCACAGCAGCAGAGUUCCAUCCUCAUCAGUGUAACACCUUUGUCUACAGCAGUAGCAAAGGAACCAUCCGUCUGUGUGACAUGAGGGUCUCUGCGCUGUGUGACAAGCACUCCAAACUGUUUGAAGAGCCAGAAGAUCCAAGUAAUCGCUCUUUCUUCUCUGAGAUUAUAUCUUCUAUCUCAGAUGUUAAAUUUAGCCACAAUGGACGCUACAUGAUGACCAGGGACUAUUUGUCCGUAAAGAUUUGGGACUUGAACAUGGAGAACAGACCAGUGGAGACCUAUCAGGUUCACGAGCACCUGAGGAGCAAGCUGUGCUCGCUGUACGAGAAUGAUUGCAUCUUUGACAAGUUUGAAUGUUGCUGGAACGGCAAUGACAGCGUGGUGAUGACUGGCUCAUACAACAAUUUCUUCCGGAUGUUCGACCGGGGCCAGAGGCGCGACGUCACUUUGGAGGCUUCCCGUGAAAACAUCAAGCCCAUGCAGGUCCUUAAACCCCGCAAAGUGUGCGUAGGUGGCAAGCGCAAGAAAGAUGAGAUCAGCGUAGACAGUUUGGACUUCAACAAGAAGAUCCUUCACACCGCCUGGCAUCCCCAGGACAACAUCAUCGCGGUGGCGACGACCAACAACCUCUACAUAUUCCAGGAUAAAGUCAAUUAACAACUUUAGGGUGAGCUUGUGUGAGAGAUCUGGUGUGGGUGACGUUGUGAUGCACCACCUGCCGCCUCGCGGCCUCAGCCAGGGUGAGUCAUGGUAACGCUGACAACCAGCAUCCCCUGUUUGUCACUACUGGGUGACCGGCCUUUGUUCCUCAUGGAGACAGAGGAAGCCUCGCUCUUGUCCAUCAUCAACCUGUCUGUGACAGUGAUACCUGCCUUGUUGUGUCAGUGACGUGCCAAUUUGUUUUUCUUUUGUGUUUUUUUUUUUGUUUAUUAUUUUGGGCCAGCCCACACAUCGCAUCUGGGGCAAUGUGGGUAUACCUAAUUAAUAUCCUAAAUUACAAUACAGAUUUAUUUUUUAUAAACUUCCCCAAUGGCUCUAUGGAAACUUAUUAGUAUGCCCCCCAUUGUCCUGUGCCAUAGUAGUGUUUAUUUUUUUUUUCUAAGAAAAAAAAACAAAGCCAGUCUCGUCUUUUUUUGUUAUUGUUUGUGUCUACUUGCCCUUUUAUGAAGUAAUCUGUCAUGCAGUAAUAGUAUUAUUUGGAUCUCCUUGCAUAUCGUCAUUAAACACAUGCAUACUCGCUCAUCGCAAAGGUAUGCUCACAGAUGCCCCCCCCCCCCCCCCCCCACACACACACACACACACACACUUGCUGUUCUUUGUGGUACAGAGGCAGCUCUCUUCAAGUCUGAUUAGUGUCUGUAAUUCCGGUUUGGUUUUGGAUGGCCAAUAAUUCCAAAAUUGGUUUUUGUUUUAAUUUGCUCUGUGUUUCGUGUUCACCAACUUUCCAGUCAGUCUUUUCAAAUAUCACAAUGGUUUAUAUUAAAAAGUAAUCAUAUCUCCAGAUGUUUUCCGUCCUAAUUUUAAGUGCUCAACUUGGACCUUAACAUCCUUUUCUUUUUGGAUGAUCUUAAUUUAGUACAGUACUGUUGUCUUCCCAUAGUGUCUGACCACUCUGGAGCACUGAUACUGGUCUGGCUUCAAUUAAAAUACUUGCAUCUAUGUGUUCGGCAAAGGUUUAAAACAGACAUAAACCAAAUGUUUAAUUUGAGGCAUUAGGUUGCAUCAAUCGAUUAUUCAGAUGCAAAAACUGCUACUGUUGUGUGCCGGUGCAAUUGCCUGCAAGAUAGUUGAAUCAUAUUGUCUCCACACUUAACUUGGACCAGUCAGUCUAUAUCUGAAGCCUCUAUCAAUGUGCAAACUACAGUACAAUUUUAAUCUAUGACAGUGACUAUAAUAAAGGAACUACUUUUUUUGUUGCAUUGUGAUUGGUUGGUUUUUAUGAGGCACCUCUUGAGUAGGUGUGUUGACUCUGCUCAUGAUUGCACAUUACAAGGCUGGAACUCCUCAAGUACUCAUCGACUACCUACAGCAUGAUCAUCAGCAGUUGUUAUGUAACAGUGCAAAUGAACCUUUACUGCAGGAGUGUCCAAACAUUUCAAUCCAAUGUAGGUCUUAGUCAUCAAUAUCA